CAUCAAAAAAGUCAUACUUUAUUUAGUAGUUUUUUUUUUGUUAUUGGCUCCUCAUUUUAUAAAUUUAGGGUUUCCUAUAUUCCACUUCUCUCUUGCCGACUCUUCCCAAAGACUCAAUCUCCGUCUCUCUCUUAGAUAUAGAAAUCAAUCAAAGGCGUACACACACUAGCAAAGAGGGUAAACCUUUUUUUCUCAAAUCUGGUGGUUGAUUAAUAUUUAGAAGGAUGGUGAGGGGAAAAACGGAGAUGAAGAGGAUAGAGAACGCUACGAGCAGGCAAGUGACUUUCUCAAAGAGAAGAAAUGGACUUUUGAAGAAAGCCUUUGAAUUAUCAGUCCUUUGUGAUGCCGAAGUUGCCCUAGUUAUCUUCUCUCCUAGAGGCAAGCUCUAUGAGUUUUCUAGCUCCUCCAGUAUAACAAAAACAGUAGAACGAUAUCAGAAACGAAUACAUGAUCUUGGUUCUAACCAUAAGAGAGAGAAUAACUCACAGCAAGCGAAGGGCGAAACUUAUGGCUUGGCACGAAAGAUUGAACAACUGGAGAUUUCAAAACGGAAAUUUCUGGGAGAAGGCCUUGAGACAUCUUCUAUUGAGGAGUUACAACAAUUGGAAAACCAGUUGGAGCGAAGCUUAACCAAAAUACGAGCCAAAAAGUACCAAUUACUACGUGAAGAAAUAGAGAGGUUAAAAGAAAAGGAGAGGAACCUCACUGCAGAAAAUAAUAUGCUGACAGAAAAGUAUGAGAUGGGAAGAGGAGGAAUAAUACCAAGAGCAUCAUCAUCAACAACAUCAGAAGACUUGGACACAGAGGACAGUGAAAUGGAAGUGGUGACUGAUUUGUUGAUUGGACCUCCUCAAAUUCGGCACUCCAAAAAGUUUCCUCCUCCAAACUAAUAAUUGGUUAGACAUUCACCUCCAAAGAAUAUGAUCUCACAACUUUUCUCACAACUUUAAACAUGAUGUUUUCUCCUUUCUAGAAGAAAAAAUGAGGUUGGUUAAUGUAAUAUUUUUUUUCCUUUGUAUCCAGUAACACUCUGAAAAACUAAACAACUUGUGAAUGCCUUCCUCUAUAGUUCUUCUAUUAUAACUGUUCUGAUUGG